UUUAAUAAAAAUAAUUAUAAACCAAAAAAAAAGGCUCUUUUAAUUGGUGUUAAUUAUUACAAUACAAGAAAUGCCUUAAAAGGCUGUAUUAAUGAUGUUAAUAAUAUUUCAAAUUUUCUAGUUAAACAUUAUAAUUUCAAAUAUCAAGAUAUGGUUAUAUUAACUGAUAACAAUAGCAAUUUAAUGAAUAUUCCAAUCAAAUCAAAUAUAUUAAGAGCAAUGAAUUGGCUAGUUAAAGAUGCCCAACCUAAUGAUUCGUUGUUUUUCCAUUUUUCUGGCCAUGGUGGCAGAACCCCUGAUUUAGAUGGCGACGAAGAAGACGGCUUUGGUCAGUGUAUUUAUCCUCUUGAUUUUAAACGCAAUGGUCACAUAGCUGAUAACCAAAUGCAUAAGAUCAUGGUCAAGCCAUUGAAACAAGGAGUUAAACUAACUGCCAUCUUUGACUGCUGCCAUUCAGGAACUGCUUUGAACCUACCUUAUGUUUACUCUUCAAAGGGUUUGGUUAAACACAAAAAUUUAUUAAAAGACACAACGGUAAACUCAAUCGGUUUAAUCUCAAAUGCCUCAAAUGGCGAUUUCAAUGGCGCAUAUAAAAAUGCUUCCUAUGUCUGUAAGAGAAUAGCAAAUAAUAAAAGUAAAUUGCAAAAAGAACAAAUCAUUAAAAUGAAAUCCUCUCUUGCUGAUGUUAUAUCCUUUAGUGGUUGUAAAGAUGAUGAAAAAAGCGUUGAUACAAGUUUUAAUGGCGUCUCGAUCGGCGCAAUGUCCUAUGCUCUUAUAAGCGUUUUAUCUGCGAGUCCACAACAAAGCUACAUCAGUCUUUUAAUUAGCAUGCGAUACUAUCUAAAGGAUCAUUUUCAGCAAAAACCCCAGCUCAGCUCCUCCCAUCCAAUCAACGUUCAACACCAAUUCACCAUAUAA